CUGCCGCUGCUUCGUGCGUUUGCCUUUGUUGUCCUGGUCGCCGUUUACCAUGGAAGCAGGUGAGAGCAUUCGGCGGACUGUUUAGUUGCUAUCGCUCUGCUUCCACGCCGUGGUGGCUACUUGUCUCGUUUUAUGUGGGUUUUUUUUUCUUCUGCGCACAAUAUGUGUUCAUUUUGGUUUGAAGAGCGCAAACAUCGCAUGUAAAGGCUGUGAGCGUACGCCGUACCACCACCAUCAUCAUUCCUGCCAGGUGAGCCAGCGAACCAGUAAGGGAGUAAUCAAACGCUCCUCCUGCCAGCAAUGUCCACCGACUCCACCCGUGAUAUCCUGCUGGCAGAUCCGGGAUUCCUGGAUGUCCCGCCUGAGAGAGAGUCUCCAUCAGGACGAAACCGGUCGGAAAAGCCUCUCCCACACUCUGCCGCCUCCAUGGGAGACGUAAAGCAGAGGAGGCGGCUCAGAAGCGGACAAGAAGCAGUCAACGGGGCUGCUGCUCCUCCUGCGGGAUCCACUAAAAGCGAUCGUUCGACGGAGGCCCCUCAGCUGGGGGCUGAGCCGGGGAAAGACGGACAAAAAGACCCCCAGGUGGAGAACGUAGAGGCUCGGCAGGAGGUGGAGGACGACUCGGACGACAGUGAUGUGUCCGAGGUAUUUGAGGAAGAGGAGUUCGAUGAGGAAGAAGAUGAGGAGGACGAGGAGGAGCUAAGCAACGAGCAGAGUAUCUCUGGUGACCACCGCUGCAGCGUCUGCGGCCUCCAGCUGCCCUCCAAGUUUAAACUCCAGGACCACAUGAACCUGCACACGGGAGCGCGUCCAUACUGCUGCGCCGAGUGCGGCAAGCGCUUCUGUCAGAUCUACAACUACCGGCUCCACCUGCGCACGCACGCCAAGGCCAAACUGGAGCGCCACUGGUGUCGCAUCUGUCUGACUGGCUUCUCCUCGCAGGAAGACCUGAAGCGGCACCUGUCCAGAACGCACUUCGAGGAGCAGUUCUACGAGUGCGACCUAUGCAAGCGCGUGUUUGCCUCGCUGAAGGAGUGCGAGAACCACGUCCAGCUGCACAAGUGUAUGGUCAACAUCGUAUGCGAGAAGUGCGGCCGCAGCUUCCGCACCGAGAAGUCUCUGGCACGGCACAAGAAGAAGAGGUGCCUUCACAGCUUUAAGUGCACGGACUGCGGGGAGACGUUCGCCAAGAAGAACGCUCUGCUGAAGCACAGCUUCUCGCACCUCGGCUUGCUGCCGUACACGUGCAUACGGUGCCGCUGCCACUUCCGGCUGGCCAAGUUGUACCGGCAACACAAGUGCGAGCCUGAGCGCAUCCACUGUGUGGCGUGCCUGCGAGAGUUUCCCAGUCAGGAGGACUUCCAGCGGCACAAAAAGGACACUGGCUGCUGGGGGAAUCAGGAGCCCAACCAGAAAACAGACGAGAUCCGCUGUCUGGAGUGCGGCCAGAGGUUUGACACCUCGGACGAGCUGAAGAAGCACGCCGGCGCUCACCAGAGGGUGCUGAAGUGCGCGGAGUGCGGGAAGGGCUUUCGUUCGGCCUUGCUGUUGAUGUCCCACAUGGGCGGUCACGCCGGGCAGUCACCCUGCUUCUGUCAGAGCUGCGGGCUGGGCUUCCCUCACCAGCAAAACUACGACAUCCACCUCAAGACCUGCGGAAAGACUCCUCCAUCUGCAAGCGUUCCUAAGAAACGUCAUACCUCGAAGAGCUCGCUUCCUGGGAAAAAAGUUCUAAAGAAAGGCACAAAACCAACCUCUGCAUCCAACAUAGCCCCCGGUUCUAACGCUGCCUCAAACAGUGCUGCUGCGCCAGCGAAGGAUCCCAGCAGUCCGAGGCUGCUCAGGACUGAGGCCGCGUCCUCUGACUCAGAGGGAUUGUGGACACUAACUCUCGAUGAGAAGCCGCCUCCCAGUAUGAACCUGGUCGUGUUUCUCCCCGUCUGUCCGAGUCAAACUGACGGGCUGCCAUCCGGGGUCCCACAGACACUACCAGUCGCCGCCGUUCAGGCCCUGCCUCAGGAGUCGCCGUCGUCACUGUCGAGCAACGAACUGCUGGGAGUGACCGCUGCUGUCGGAGCGUCGCUCAACCCCUGCCUGGAGUUGGUCACAGGCUUCCUGGGGCAGGAAACAGAAACGCCUUUGGAUUUGUCCAAAAAGCUAAGCAUGCUUAAAGACACCCCUUUUGUUUCAGUCAAGAGCGAGCCGAGCGAGUACGAAAUCUCAGCGCAGGCUAACGAUUCAGAAAAGCGAGGGAAAAGACACGAAACAGAGGGGCAGCUGGACACGUGCGGCGGGGCGAAGAGAUGCAAGCUGGAGCCCGCGGUCGACUCUCCUCUCGGUGCUUACACAGCAUCACCACUUCCUGGAGUGGAGGUGAAGAAAGCUUCUCUCUCUCCUGGUCCCGGUGUUGAUGUGUGGUCCUCCACAUGCAGCCAGCUGAUAGACUGUAAACUAGAGAAAAACAUCAAAAUGGAAAUGGACAUUUAAAAGCUCAGCCUGUGCUGAUGCAUCAGAGGAAAAAAAAAUAAAACUCACCCUGCAAAGAAAAUGCAUCGUAUUUUGCAAUAAUUUUAGACAGGAAUUAUAAAUGGCACUUAUAUUGUAUUCCCAGUAGUAAUAAUGUGUGCACUUGAAAUAUUACACGAAGCAGGAAAUAUGAUAUCUAUCAUGCAGAUUUAUUAUAACGACACGUCUCAUUUCUUAUUAUGAUUCCUUCAGUUUGUUGGGACUUUGAACAGAAAUCUGGCAAUAAAUGGAAAAAAAACUAACGGUGCCUGUUUUCUGUUUAGAGUCAACAAGAUAUUCCACUGAUGUGCAACUUUCUGUUUGAAUGUGUAUUCUGGAUGAGGUGUGUGGAGAGAAUGCAGAGUUAUGUUGAAUGUCUGACGGCCCCUGAAAACCUUGAUUCUUUUACUGUGUGGGAAAUCAACAUUUUCCAGUGUUUGUGUGUACUUUUAUUUUAUUUUUUACUGCAAACAUUUCAGUAUUUAAAAUGUUACAAAUGGUACUGGUAUUUGGCCAACUUGGGAUUUACAUUCACUGUGUUAUGUAUAAUUCAGUUAUACUGUUUUUCAAAGGCGAAUAAAUAUUUGUUUUUUAAGCGAGA